CAGGGUCGGUCAGCUGGCUCAUCCAUCUGAACAGCAGGGAGAGCCUCUCCCAAAGGGAGACAUCACCAUCAACGCCCGUCUGCCCAGCAGCAUCGGCGGCCCGCCGGAAGAGGGGGGGAUAUGGAACAAACUAUACUAUAGUGACGAUUCGGGCGUCGGCUGUAAUCGGGAGAUUUAGAUUAUUUAUUUAACUAUUUAUUUAUUUAUUUUCCCUGCCAGUAAUGGCUGGGGUCCAUGGCUGCGGCUGCUGAGAGGCAGGUGCAACAUCAUCGUCGAAAGCAUUUCGUUCCUCGGCAUGGACUCGGCGAGGGCCGAACUACCGGCCGGAUCACUACACAUCCACUGCUGCCGGGAUCAGAGGGGCUCCACGGGAGUGGAGCAAUAGCUGGGCCGCUUCUGGAGGCGAAAGCCUGUGACUAUGGUGGAGCAGGAGGGGGCACUCUUCAGAUCAAAAUAUUGAAACCAAUUAUUUUAUGUUUCGAGCUCAAGGUUAUGCGUACACACCAGCACGCUGCCCUUAUUUGGUAAAUCGGCGUUGCUGCAAAAUGGCAUAAAUACUUUUUGUUGCCUGUUUAAAGAAAGACUGUGAAUUAAUGUUCCCUUUCUCCUGUACUGAGAGGAUUCAAACACAGUGACAGUCUCGCCUUAUAGGCCUGGAAAUUAGUUGAGCGCAGCCUCGUCUGGAUAACCGGUUCCAGGUGCCAAGAUGAUGGAGCUACAGAUAGACGAGGUGGUCUACCAGGACGACUACGGGUCCGGCACCGUGAUGUCGGAGCGGGUGUCGGGCCUGGCCAGCAGCAUCUACCGGGAAUUCGAGCGGCUGAUACGCAGCUAUGACGAGGAGGUGGUGAAGGAGCUGAUGCCGCUGGUUGUUAACGUCCUAGAAAACCUGGACGCGGUGCUCAGCGAGAACCAGGAGCACGAAGUGGAGCUCGAGCUGCUGAAGGAGGACAACGAGCAGCUCAUCACCCAGUAUGAAAGGGAGAAAUCGCUGCGUAAGCAGGCGGAGGAGAAAUUCAUUGAAUUUGAGGAUUCGCUGGAAGCUGAAAAGAAGGACUUGCAGAUGCAGGUGGAGUCUCUGGAGCUGCAUGCGAAACAACUGGAGCUCAAGUCAAAGAACUAUUCUGACCAGAUCACUCGUCUGGAAGAGCGAGAAUCAGACCUAAAGAAAGAGUAUAACGCUCUUCACCAACGCCACACUGAGAUGAUUCAGACAUACGUUGAACAUAUAGAACGGUCCAAAAUGCAGCAGGCAGGGAGUAACAGCCAAUCAGAAGGCCCCGGCUGUGGACGAACUCAACGCCACACAUGGAGGAAAAGCAGCAAAGCGGAGCGCCCGCCGUCGUUGAGCCUGUACCCCAGCGGCGAAGGAAUGGUACGUGGGGGUCUCGGGGGGGCUAGGAUGAUGCCCGGGAAAGACAUCUGGCAGGUCAGCGAGCUCGGCCAUUCUACCUUCAGCUCUGCCUAUCAGGAGGAUGGAUCAGAGUCCGACUCGGUGGCAGCCACACCCAGCAGCACGGGAAGCAAGUCCAACACACCCACCUCCUCUGUCCCCUCGGCCACUGUCACCCCCAUCAACGAAGGCUUCCACCCUCACACCGAUUUUGACGUAAUGCGUGCUGGGAACCGCAGAAAAAGCGGCAAGCGCCUCAGUCGGAAUAUGGAAGUGCAAGUUUCCCAGGAAACCAGGAAUGUCAGCAUUGGGAUGGGAAGCAGUGAUGAGUGGUCGGAAUUUCAGGAGAUCAUCGAUUCUACCCCUGAGCUGGAAAUGUGCGUGGAUCCUCGAGUUUAUGGUGGAGGAAACAGCCCCUCUCAGGGCAUAGUAAACGAGGCUUUCGGCAUCAACACAGACUCUCUGUACCACGAAAUCAAAGAUGCCAAGUCGGACAUCAUUGGGGAUGUGGAUGCAGGCGCCGAGCUACUAGGCGAGUUCUCAGUCCGUGAUGAUUUCUUCGGGAUGGGCAAGGAAGUGGAGAACCUGCUGACGGAGAACAAACAGCUUCUAGAGACCAAAAAUGCUCUCAAUAUUGUGAAAAAUGACCUUAUUGCCAAAGUGGAUGAGCUAUCGGGCGAGCAGGAGGUACUGAGGGAGGAACUGGAGGCAGUGCGGCAAUCCAAGAACAAGGUGGAUGCCCGAGUCAAGGAACUGGAAGAAGAACUCAAGAGGUUACGAGCAGAGGCUCUUGGAGCAUCUCGGGACUCAAAGGAUGAAGGAAGUGAUGAUUUUUCAUCACCCAUGCAAGAUGGGGACAUGACAAUGACCCAGCGGCGGCGGUUCACUCGGGUAGAAAUGGCCCGUGUUCUGAUGGAGAGGAACCAGUACAAAGAGAGACUGAUGGAGCUGCAGGAGGCUGUGCGGUGGACAGAGAUGAUCAGGGCGUCCCGGGAGAGUCCACCAAUCCAAGAAAAAAAGAAAUCCACCAUCUGGCAGUUCUUUGCACGUCUCUUCAGCUCAUCGUCAAGCCCUCCGCCCGUCAAGCGGCCGUAUUACAGCGUCAACAUCCAUUACAAGUCUCCCUCGCCAGCCGGUUUCACUCAGCGACGCAGCCACACUAUGUGUCAGAUCUCCACCUCCAACCGCACGCUGGAGUUCUUCCCUGAAGAACUGGCCAGUAACGGUGUUGCGUCUCUCCUCAGUGACUCGGCACUGAUGGCCCGCCGAGAGCAGCGCCGUGAACAGUACAGGCAGGUGCGUGAGCACAUGCGCCGCGAUGACGGCAUUAUGCAGGCCUGUGGCUGGAGUGUGCCAUCUCGCUUCAAACAGACUGGUGGUCAGAUGGACAGCGCUAAGGACAGCCCGCUGAAGAGACAACAGACCACCAAUGAGAAAGAUGAUAACCGCAUGAAGAAUGUUCCUGUCCCAGUGUACUGUCGCCCUCUGGUGGAGAAAGACCCCAACAGGAAGUUGUGGUGUGCAGCAGGAGUGGAUCUAACAGGAUGGCGGGUCAGCAGCCAGGAAGCACCAGCCAAGGCAGCAUCGGGCAGCAGUGAUCCCCUUCAUGCUGAGGACAACGGAGCCGACAAGAAGAACAGCCAAACAUCCCCCGAGAAGAGAAAGUCAAAAGAGCUUCAGGAGACAGACAGCAUGAACAGUCGAGUGUGGAUCCUAACCAGCACCCACUCUGCCAGCAAGGUGGUCAUCAUCGAUGCCAACCAGCCAGGCUCACUAGUCGACCAGUUCAACGUCUGCAACGCCCACGUUCUCUGCAUCUCUAGUGUGCCAGCUGCAAGUGAGAGUGAUUAUCCAGCAGGAGAAAUAGUGUUGGAUCCAGGAGACGGUGGAGCAGGGGGUGGGGAGGACACUAGUGGGGUGGAGGGUAUGUUGGCCGGCAUCACACUUGUUGGCUGUGCCACCAACUGCAGCGUUGCCCGUAGUAACUGCUCAUCGCGCACUGACACGCCCAUAGUGGACAAAGGACAAGCUCCCACUGCUCCCCCUAUGAAUGGGAAGAUUCACCCCGCCCAGUCAGCUGAGGAAGCUACAGAGGCCACAGAGGUCCCGGAGUCAACAGCUAACCACACAGAAUUGGGAUCUGGACCUCCAGGACCAUUUACUGAGCAUGUCUUCACAGAUCCUCAACCUCGUCCAGCAGAUGCCUUCGACAGGAGCACAGGCCAGUCCAAAGAGGAAUCCUCUCACCCUACAGAGGCAGAGGAAGGAGGAGAAGAGGCCAAAAACUACACCAGCGUGGCCCCCACCAUGUGGCUUGGGGCCCAGAAUGGCUGGCUUUAUGUCCACUCAGCUGUUGGAAACUGGAAGAAGUGUCUCCACUCCAUCAAACUGAAAGAUUCUGUGCUCAGUCUGGUGCACGUGAAAGGUCGUGUGCUGGUUGCCCUUGCUGAUGGGACACUCGCUAUAUUCCACAGAUCAGAAGAUGGUCAGUGGGAUUUAUCUAACUACCAUCUGAUGGAUCUCGGUAGACCUCAUCACUCCAUCCGCUGCAUGGCUGUAGUCCAUGAUAAAGUGUGGUGCGGCUACAAGAACAAGAUUCACGUGAUUCAGCCCAAAAGCAUGCAGAUUGAGAAGUCCUUUGAUGCCCACCCUCGCAGGGAAAGUCAGGUGCGGCAGCUGGCGUGGAUUGGUGAUGGUGUGUGGGUGUCUAUCCGGCUAGAUUCAACUUUGCGUCUGUACCAUGCACACACACACCAGCACCUCCAGGAUGUAGACAUUGAGCCGUACGUCAGCAAAAUGUUGGGUACUGGCAAGCUUGGCUUCUCGUUUGUGCGAAUCACAGCCCUUCUGAUUGGUGGAAAUCGCCUCUGGGUGGGAACUGGAAACGGUGUGAUCAUCUCAAUCCCUCUGACAGAAACGGUGGUCCUUCACCGGGGACAGCUCCUGGGUUUGAGGGCCAAUAAAGUGUCUCCAACAUCCUCCGGUGGGGUAAUCCACGUGUACGGCGACGACGGCUCUGAGAAGAGCAGCGGCAGCUUCAUCCCUUACUGCUCAAUGGCACAAGCCCAGCUCUGUUUCCAUGGACACCGUGAUGCUGUGAAGUUCUUUGUCUCUGUACCAGGCAAUGUUUUGGCCACCCUAAACGGCAGUGUUCUGGACAGUCCAUCAGAAGGGCAGAACUCCUCCGCACCCACAGAGACCGAGGCGCAAAGUGUUCACAAUGUGUUGGUGCUGAGCGGAGGAGAGGGCUACAUCGACUUCCGCAUUGGUGAUGGUGAAGAUGAUGAGACAGAGGAAGGAGAGAAUGGUGGAGCCUCGCAGAUGAAACCUGCUUUGAGCAAAGCUGAGCGAAGCCACAUCAUUGUCUGGCAGGUGUCUUACAUACCUGAGUGACACCUAGAUCUGCUUUAACACCCCACCCAUCCACCUGUUUAAUGAAGUCUCUUCCUCCUCCCCAGAAGCUUCCAGCCACCCAAACCUUGUAAUUAUCCCUGAUCAUGUAAAAGUUCCCCUUUGGCUCAAAAAAAACAAAAAAAAAUCCAACUCUCUGAACUGCAUUGCUCCUUGUAACUAUUAUAUCUCCUCCUGCCCCUUCACCUUGUAACUCCGAUGCCUUGGAAGUACCUCCUUUGAUCUAGUUAUCUGCCUGCCAUCCUGUUUGUCCCACACAGGGCAUUGUAACUAUCAUCAUGAGCCUUGUAACCCAGCUUCAUUACUACCUCCCUCCUCUUUAUCGAUCUCAUACUCACUUUGAAAACACACUGUAUUCUCCUGUAUUUACCUCGAUUGUCCUGCAUUGGCCCCAGAGUUGCUCCUCAUCUUCUUCCAGUUAGUUUGUCAUCUGUGAAAACUCCAGCUCAUUUCAAAGCCAAACCCAGACCCCCAACACGCGUCAAAAAAUAAAUAACUAAAAAGAAGAGCAACUGGUAUGGCAAUCUGAAUGAAGACACUGACAUUUCCAUCAGAAAGCAGGUCAACAAGCUAAUCAGCUAUUGGUAACCAUUUAUCCCAUUAAUGGACACAAACGCCACAAGAUCAUGGCUCAACAUAAUCUUUGACAAUGUGUGUAAGUGAACAGUAUCCUUAAGCCUUGUUUACCUUUACAAAUGGUGUUAAAGGUAAAUGUGCUUGACUGUUAAAAUGUGGAGGAUGAGAUGAGCAGUUAUGGACAAAAUAGGAUGUUAAAACUAUCCAAUAAGUAACAGAUGUUGGGUUUCGUUUGGCUGAAAAACUUUGCAUUGCAGCUCUCAGUCAUAUUUAUUUAAGCGGUACUGAUUCAGGACGUUUUGCAGUGUGUGGUUAGAAACACCAGGAAAUACCUGGUGCACCUGCAGCAGCCUGCUUUGAGUCAAAGGUCAGAGCACGUCCAUAUCCCUUGAAAGUGGUUGAGUUUAAUGUCAGUACUUCACUCUUUUCUCUCUGACUGGCUGCUAAUGGGACAGUUCCUUGUGGAGCAGGUAAACGGUGGCAUGUUGUUAUGAUAUGUACAGGGAUCACUGUAAAUCUCCAGACGCACUGAAGCCCAUCCUCUUUGUUCAAUAUGGAAAUUUGUGCAUUGAUCUCUAUCUGUGUGACUUAAAUAUUAAACAUAUUUGUGUGCUUAAAGCAAACAAGUUGAA